AAGAGGUAGGCUCGCAUGCUUAAUUCUUCCUCUUUCUCUUUCCCUCAAGAUGACCAUGGGAAACUGAAGAACACGGCCUUACCACACAUGUUCUUGUUGAUGCACCAGUGGUAUCUGCCAUCUGCUGAACUGGUGGGAAAACUCCUCAACACGUAUCGUGAUGCCGGCAGUUCCCAAUCAAAGAUCCUUCAACUUAAAAUAUGUCAGCUGGUCAGUUUCUGGAUUUCUGAGUUCCCAGCAGAGUUUAACCUGGACAGUGGCCUGGCAGAGCAGGUGAAAGAGCUCCAGGAAACAGCAAGCCGGGAGGGACACCGGAGACACAGCCAGUUGGUGGACAUCUCCCAGGUACCUUCAUAUGAGUGGAAGAGGCAGAUCACACAACGCAACCAUGUGACACAGAAGAAGAGGAAAAUGUCCCUAUUUUUUGACCAUCUGGGACCUUUGGAGUUGGCCGAACACUUGACCUAUCUGGAAUACAGAUCAUUCUGUCGGAUCCUGUUCCAGGAUUUUCACAGUUUUGCAAAGCACGGCUGUACCAAGGACAAUCCCAUCCUUGAGCGGUUCAUCAGUCUCUUUAACAGUGUCUCCCAGUGGGUGCAAAUGAUGGUUCUGAGCAUGCACACUCCACAGCAGAGAGCUGAGGUCAUCACCAAGUUUGUCCACAUGGCCCAGAGGCUCCUCCAGCUGCAGAAUUACAACACGUUGAUGGCGGUCGUCGGCGGUUUGAGUCACAGUGCGAUCUCCCGUCUGAAAGAGACGUACCACUAUAUCAGUGCUGACGUUAUAAAGAUUUCAGAUGAACUGACUGAGCUGGUCACCACCUGUGGCAAUUAUGGGAAUUACCGGAAGCAUUUUGCAGACGGGUCUGGUUUCAAAUUCCCCAUCCUCGGCGUGCACCUGAAGGACCUGCUGGCCGUACACCUGGCGCUGUCUGACUGGUCCGAGGAGGGCAGGGUCAACGUGGUCAAGAUGCAGCAGCUCUACGUCAUUCUGAAUGAGUUGGUCCAGGUGCAGGCCACGGCCCCACCCAUCGAGCCGAACAAGGACCUUGUCAACCUUCUGACGGUCUCCCUUGAUCAAUACCACACAGAUGACGAGAUCUACAAACUUUCCCUGCUAAGGGAACCUCGCACUUCAAAGUCCACGCCAUCCAGUCCGACUCCACCCAAACCCUCAGUGAUCGAUGAGUGGGCAUCAUCUGUCAAACCAAAAACUGACCCUGAAUUAAUUAAUAAGCACAUCUACAAGAUGGUUGAGUCUGUCUUCAGGAACUUUGACGUUGACCAAGAUGGCUACAUCUCACAGAAAGAGUUUAACAUUAUAUCUUCUAACUUCCCCUAUCUGGACAGGUUCAGUGUUCUGGAUGAGAACAAAGAUGGUCAGAUCAGCAGAGAUGAAAUGAUUACGUACUUCAAGCAAGCUAACUCACUUCUCAACUGCAAGAUGGGAUUCAUUCAUAACUUCAUGGAGACCACGUACUUGAAACCCACCUUCUGUGAUCACUGCAAGAGCUUUAUCUGGGGUUUAUACAAACAAGGCUACAAGUGUAAAGCCUGUGGAAUCAGCUGUCACAAACAGUGUAAGAGCCUCCUGGUGAAGGAGUGUCGUAAACGCACCAAGAGUAUUAGCCUGGACAGUCCGGGUCCCACACUCAGGAGAUCUUUCAGCGUACCUGCCACACACUCAGCUCCUAGUUCUGAAGUUCUUCAGGAAGAGGUUGAAACUCUGGAAGACGAUGUACAGGACAUCCAUCUGUGAACAACACCCAAUGUCUGGUUCAAACCAUCAUCCCAGUUGCAAGGUGUGACACUGUUGAAUGGGACCAAUGACUGUUCCACAUAUUUGAUUCAGAUGUGAAUGACCACAUGGCCUGCUUCUGUCUUCAUAACCUGCAAGCACGUUUUGUGCAUUUCCCUUCAAUGUGUCUCCAUUGGCUUUUACUUACUUGAUCAAUCACCAAGCAUCAAAUGCUGUUGUUAUUGACUGGCCUCAGUGGCAGUGGCCAGCAGUUGCCUGAUCGAUUACCAUUGGAACUGCACAUGAUGGAAACUGCUUUAGAGUGGGGUAUGGGGUUAAAUGGACUCUCAACAAAGUCCCCAUUCACCAUUGCUAUUUAUUCUAUGUAACUCCCACAAAUUGCUCAUCUGUUUUGGUAGUUUGUCUUCACAUUUGUAUAACAGUCCAAAUAAAAUGACAGCCG